UGAGUAGUGACAUCUAGUUUGAAAGGCUCCUUCGGUCAACAUGAGCCUCAUGGUGCGGCUCGCAAAGAUCCGAGCGGCACCGGUGCUAGUGGCACGUGCGAGCUCCACUGGCAUCAACCAGUUGACCAGCUUCGUCUCGGCCACCAGUGGCGCCCUGCAAGCCAGCAGCCAACACAAGUGCAUUACCCCAAGUCAGUGGCGCUGGGUUCCUGGUGAUGAUGGAACUGGAUUGCUGCCAUUGGCAGCAGCUGUCCUGGCUGCCCAGCUUGCCUACAGCACCUACCGUGAUACAAAAGCAGAUGUGAUCACCAACAAAAUCAAUGGCAAAGAGGCGGAGGAAUUCCUGGCUGCUUCACUUCGACAAGUUUGCGGAUCGGGAAUUGAGACUCAGGUUCACAUGAAAACCGAUACCGGGUUUCGAGUUGUGGAUGCGGUUGACACUUGUCAUGGAAUACUCCACGAAUGCAAGGUCGGCAAACUCUCCAAGUCACAAAGUACAAUCGCACAACUGUCAAAGGAUCUUUCUUUGAAAGAGCAAGGUUGGAGGCCAAGGAUUCAUUUCUUCAACUCGCCAGAGACAGGCCAGGGCGGACCAACAAAACCUCUCAAAGAGUUCUUGUCUGAGAAGGGAAUUGAGUGCUUUGAGCACAAUCACACAGUGCGAGAAACGGCAGGCUCUUGUGGGCCUUGCAGUGAGUCCUUGCGCGAAAUAGCAGAUGCCGCCGUCAUAAAACCUGAGGGUUCAACAUCCCGCAAAAUUGCAAAGAUGAAGGCCACAGAGUCCAUAGAGUCUUCGGCAGCCGUGUCUCAAGCCUUAUGCGCUGUGGGAGCCCUAAACCUUGCAGUGGCUGUAGGUGCGCUGGCAGUGGCAAUGCACUCCUCUCAAGUGGUCGCAAGAAUAGAAGCAAAACAAUUACCUGAAUUGCGUAGAGAAACCGAAGAUUUGAGGUUAGCUUUGGCUACAUUUGAGGUUUCUCUGAAAGCAGAAAUUGAAAAACAUCUUGAAGGUGAGGUUUGGCACCGUUUCACGCGCUAUAGUCCCCCUGAAUCCUGGCUCUGUAAACAGCUGAAGAAGAUAGUUUCUAAAGCUGGUGAAUUUUGUUACGAGAAGGUUGGGCAGCUGCUUGGUCCUUGGAUUCUGGGAGCCCUUAGCUGUGCAUGUGCCCUAUUUUCAUGGGCAGCUGCGUUCUUGGCAGCAGGUGGCAGACAAUCUUUGAAAAUUUGGAACCAUUGCCUGGACUGGCAGCUACAAAAAGAAAUUAAAUGCAGGAAGCAAAGAGUGCAGGAUGAUAUGCGAUCUUUGCAGGAGCGCUAUCACAAGUUGAAGUGCAAGAUGGAAAAGGUUAUCAAACAGACACAGCUUCAAAAGUCAGAUAGUGAAAGUGCACGUGCAGUUGCAGCGCUGACUGCUAUAGUGGGAGGGCUAGUUACUGUUGCCUCUUUGGGUGCGGACUGCGGCGCAGGAGUAAAGCUGGGAACAGCUGGGGUUGCGGCGUCAAGCCUUGCAGCGUCCGUAGCUGGAGAGACGAUUGAAAAGUGCAAUCAGAUCCUCGACGAAGUAGAACAUUUACUUGAACUUGUUGAAGUGGAGUAUGGCUCAGUGGAGAAAACUUACAACGCCUUGAUGAGGAUCUAUGAGCUCUUGGAGAGAGAGGUCGACAUUCCCAACCCAAUACCAUCGGCCCUUCUCUGGCUGAGUCAAACCUGACUCUGAUUGUUCCGGUAUCUAUUUCGUUUCAAUGUCGCUUUUCUCAGCUACCUGUGGUGCCACUGAGUGUUCAACAAACACCAAAAGUCUGUUUGCGUAACC